GGUACUUGAGCUAAUUCAAACAGAAAGAUAAAUUAAAGGAAAUGCAUUUCAUUCAUUGAUGGCUUUCAAAGAGCCGUUUGCUACAAUAUAAAGAGUCUUCUACAUUUGGGUUCCUGACAUCUCGACAGGGACAAUAGAAUAGAAGGACAAAAAGGUCCCAACAACACUGAAGACAAAAAUGGCAGGUUUGACUCAGAGGGAGGUCUAGUCACCGUACUGCCUGGAGAUCUGGUUUGCUGAAAGGAACAAGAGCAUCAGUCGAAGUUGGGCUGGGCCUGAAGAUUAAGAGAAGGGUUUGGGUGUGACCCUAACACCAAGAUGAUGAAGGAGUUCAUUUCAAAAAAUACAGAUUUGUAUGACAAGAUGAAACUUCUUUCGGAUCUUGAACAUACUUUGAAAGACAUCACUGCCACCUUAGAUGGUCCAAUUUUGCUUGAGUUUCAGAACAAGGUAGAGCUGAAGCGGCACGAGGUGGAGAAUUUGAAAGAGGUCUCUCUGUGGAACACGACUUACGAUUACGUAGGCAUCCUUUUGGCAACAUCUGUCUUCACAAUUAUCAGUAGGAUCAAGCAUGUUUUUGGAUUGCCUAAACUUAUAACAGAUGCUGAAACCAAAGACUCUGAUCACAUUAGUCCUAGUCCAUCAAUCUUUAGCAAGCACAAGCUGUUGGAUGCUCCCCCCGACACACUAGGUGCUGCCGCCUUAGCACUGCACUAUGCAAAUAUUAUUCUCAAAAUUGAAACUUUGUUAUAUCCUUCUAGGUGUCAUCGGGUCGACAGAAAUGACCUGUACAGUAUGUUGCCUGGAAGUAUCAGAGCUGAGCUAAAUGAAAGGCUGCCCUGCAUUGAGGGCUCGACUUUAUCACUGCCCUGCAUUGAAAGCACGACUUCAGCACUUCAAGAUCUUCCAAAGUUGGAGGAGUCAAUUCAGGCAACAAUUAAAACAAUAGAAUGGGUAUCACCGCUUGCUCAUAAUAUGAAGAAAUGGCAAUCCAAGUGGAACAUUCAACAGAAAGCCCAGAAAGCCUCUGUUUUCAGUCAUCCUGUGCUUCUGGUACAAACCCUCUACUUUGCAAAUCAUCAGAAGACAGAAGCAACAAUUACGGAUCUUCUUGUUGGUAUGCAUUACACCUAUAAUCUUAAAAGACAAGUCAAGGCAAAAUCUAUGCUAGAGAGAGGCCGCAACUCGCUUAAAAUAAAAGCAGCCAACUUAGAAGCCCAAGACGAAGCGUUGGUCUCCAUUGACGGAGAUCAAACUGUCUGAUAUUUUCUUCUUCAUUUGUUUCGAAAGAGCUCAUCAACUCUUGUGGAUGCAAGAACAUGUUUUAUCAGCUUGAUUAGCAGUAUACUAUUCCCUGGGACUGUAUGAUAAAGAAAAGUGCUGCAUCACUUUCAUUUAUCACUUUGAUUUUGCCUUGCUCUUUUAGAUGUUGGGUUCUGAAUUUCACCUAGCAAGUACUACACCUUUCCAGUGUAAUCAACGCUUGUGGUGUUCUGAGUGUAAAUUGAGUAGAUGGAGCGGUGUACA